GGCGGAAGUCGUUCCGUCAACAUGGCAGCGUCCUUGGCAGGCAUGUUCUCUGUGAAAACAUGAACAGAUGUAAACAUAGCAAAGCAGUCAAUUGCUCGUCUGCGAGAGCUGAAGAUGGAGAGACGGGAGUUCGUCGCGUCCCUUGUGGCUGGAGGCAGCGCAGGGAUGUGUGUGGAUCUCGCCCUCUUCCCCCUGGACACUAUUAAGACUAGACUGCAGAGCCAGCAAGGGUUCUACAGGGCUGGGGGCUUCCGGGGCAUUUAUGCAGGGGUCCCAUCUGCUGCACUCGGCUCCUUUCCCAGUGCGUCUGCCUUCUUCGUCACCUACGACUGUGCAAAGUCCGUCCUUGGCUCUCAUGGGGCGCUCGCAGAGCCGUCAGUGGCGCCGCUCGCUCACAUGCUAUCCGCCUCCUUGGGUGAAACGGUAGCGUGUCUGAUCCGGGUGCCCACGGAGGUGGUCAAACAGAGGACCCAGGCGUCCCCCUCGUCCAGCACAUACCACGUGCUGUUGGCUACGCUCCGAGAAGAGGGUGUUGGGGGCUUGUACAGAGGAUUCAGGAGUACGCUUCUCAGAGAGAUCCCGUUCUCUCUGGUGCAGUUUCCGCUUUGGGAAUAUUUCAAGACUUGCUGGUCACGGAGGAGAGGUCAGACGCUCCACUCUUGGCAGGCUGCAGUAUGCGGAGCGUUUGCAGGUGCGGUGGCCGCGUUUCUUACCACUCCUCUUGACGUGGCCAAGACCAGGAUCAUGCUCGCUAAGGCUGGAUCGACCACAGCGAGCGGCAACAUCCCACUGGUGCUCCGUGACGUGUGGAAGAGCCGAGGGCUGAGCGGGCUGUUUGCAGGCAGCAUACCCAGGAUGACCUCCAUCAGUGUGGGCGGCUUCAUUUUCCUGGGCGCCUACGAGAAAGUGCGGCGCACUCUUCUGCCGUAGCCAAAGCUGAACUGAUAGCUGAGACUGUCCCGGGGGCCUCCAUGAACGUGUGGAAGAACGUCCUGUCCGGACCGCCACUGCCGCCUCUGCACCCGGCGGAUGAAGUUUGAACAUUCGCGUUGACGUUGUUAUUCCUCUUCCUGCAUAUCCUCAGUCAGCAGGAGACAUCCGCUGUGUUCCUUCUCCCUCCCACCUCCGUGAACAUCUAGCAUGGUUGUCAUCUGCUCGGACCGGUUCAUCAAAAACCACGGAUGUGGGUUUUCUCUGCAUGUGCCCUACGAUUGGCUGGCGACCGGUCCAGGGUGGACCUCGCCUUGUCACCCAAAGUCAGAUGGGGUAGGCUCCAGCAUCCCCCUGCACAGGAUAAGCGGCAUAGAAAACCAGUGAAGAUAAUAAUACAUAAAGAUUGCAAUGCAUGGAUUAGUUUUCCAUCCUGACAUGGAGAACAGUAUGGAGUAUUUAUUUUGAAAUACUUAAAUACGUGAAAUAAACACCAACAUUCAGUAAUCAUCUCACUGUAUUUGUUCACGGAACGCACAGAACUAACAACGUCUUGUUUGCGGUCUUUCCUGUGUCCUGUACUACCUGCUGUGCAUAUGAUGAGGCGUUCAAGCGCACUGCGGAACUCUGAGCGUUAGGCACAGGGUUACAUCCGGCUGUUGGUUGCGGCGAAAACAAGAAGUAGGACUUU